GCCGAGCCUUUCCAGUUUCAAAUGAAAUCCCUACUUCAAGUCGAUAAAUGGUCAAACCUAGCGCAAUCCAAAACUGAAGCCGGCUCCGCUUACAACCUAACUGUUGGAAACCACCAUCGAGACACACAACGAGAAGAUCGAAGAGCAAUGGCGGUGAUGGAGAAGCUCAAGAUGUUCAUCGUCCAAGAGCCUAUAGUUGCUGCCUCCUGCCUCAUCGGUGGCUUCGGUCUGUUUCUUCCUGCAUUCGUGAGGCCUAUGCUGGAUUCCUUUGAAUCAUCCAAACAAGUUCCUCAACCUGCUUUAAGCGAUGUGGUUGCAGGCAUGACUGAGGAUUGGAGUGGCUACCGAGGGAACUAUUUGGGCCUCUUCUAA